CGUAUGACUUUAAUUAGAAUCGCCCUCCCGAUGAUAAACGUCUUACACUUACAGUACUGACAAAACACUCUCCAUGAAUGGCUUACUACAGUACGCCUAGUCAACAAAGUGUUAAUAUGCUCAAGAAUUUAUGCAGUACUUUUUCAUGCAUGUGACAUUUUUACUCACUUCGUUUAGCAUUUAUUUAGCAUUUCUCCCAAAAAACGAAUUUGGUGGAAUAAAAGGCGUGAAGUGUUUGUUUUUUUGACGGGUAACAGGUUAUUUUAAAUUAUUCUAUCAAUUUGUUUUCUGGAGAAAGCACUGGAAAGCGGACAAUCCUGACAUGAUGUGUUAAAAACUACAUCGGGAAAGAGCGCUCAGUGGAUUAAUCAGUCAGUUUUUGAACUGACAAGCUUCACCAGCAUCCCAAUGGAGAACAAAGUCAUGUAUAUGAGCUCCUACGAGGAGCGCGAGAACGGGUCUUUCUGUGAAGAACGCUUUGAUGGAAUGAAUUCCAGAAGUCUGUCCAAGCUCAACCUAUGUGAGGAAGUCAGCUCAGCCAAAAGGAGGAGAAAACCUGAUCAUUGCUGUUCUCAUCUGAAUUCAUUAUCAGCUAUCAAAUAUGCCAUCCUGUCACUGUAUAUUCUUGUUCUUCUCAGUAUUUUUGGCCUCUGCAUAGCAGUCUCAAGAUUGCAAGUGUCAUCAGAAAAACAGGAAGCUUUGAAGGACAAUGUGACACUCUUGAGUGAAAGGUUCCAGAACUUGCAGCUGUCCAUGAGCCAGCUCUCCACCAACAACGAUUUCCUGGAGAACAUUUGGAAGCUUGAGAACCUCUUCCAGAACCAUUCACAGACACUAAAGCAACUGAGCCAGGCUGUCCGAAGGCUGGAGCAAGAUGUUCACAACCUACAGGAACAGUCCAACGAGACCACCAGCUUUGUGUCUCAGCUUAGAGAUGUCCUCAGGGACCUGAGUUUCUCCAAUCAGAGAAACGUGACCGUACUCAGCACUGACAUGGCCAGAGUGAAGAUCUCCUUGCAGAAGCAGGACUCACGGGUGAAAGAGGCCUCCGACCAAGUGGAUAACCUCAAAGAUAAACUAGAAGACAUGCAACAGAUUCUAAACAUUGUGAAUGGAACAUUUACAAAUGAUAUGGGUAUCCAUCACACAAAAAUCCAGGACCUACAAAUACAGAUCUUCAAUGUCACAGAAGAUACUAGGACAAUCAGGGUUGCACAAAUAAACAUGGAACAACAGCUCAGAAAUGAGGUUGCCAUCUUGAAUAACAUCACAGAGGACUUAAGGCUUAAGGACUGGGAGCAUUCUGUGGCUCUGAAGAAUCUUACUUUGGUUGAAGGGCCUCCUGGACCAAAGGGUGAAAAGGGAGACAUUGGAGCAUUAGGGGCCCCGGGUCUACCAGGUCUACCUGGAGUAAGAGGAUUGAUUGGAGAAAAGGGCAUCCAAGGUCCCCGGGGCCUGAAAGGACUGGCUGGAAAUGACGGUCUGCCUGGGCAGAAAGGAGAGCCCGGACCCAAAGGUAUUGAAGGUGAAAGAGGUGAAAAAGGAGAAAAGGGUGGCCAAGGCGAUAAAGGAGAUAUAGGAGAAAAAACAGUGCAAGAAGACAUAAUCCGGCUGGUGAAUGGAUCUGGGCCUCACGAGGGGAGGGUGGAGGUUUACCAUGAAAAGCGCUGGGGCACUGUCUGUGAUGAUGUCUGGGACAAAAAGGAUGGAGAUGUAGUCUGCAGGAUGCUGGGAUACAAGGGAGCUAAAGAGAUUCAUAAGACAGCAAGGUUUGGGCAAGGUUCUGGCAUGAUAUGGAUGGAUGAUGUUGCCUGCAUAGGGACAGAGGACUCAAUCCAACAGUGCAGAUUUUCUGGAUGGGGAAAAACUAACUGUGGUCAUGUGGAGGAUGCUGGUGUCACCUGUAACCCUUAAUUCAUGAACAACAGAUGACCAAUAACCAACACAUUGAACCAAAGUGACGUAUCAUCCACCCAUGUUCAAUAGAUAAUAGUUAUCUAUGGAGAAACAAGAUUAGAAAAGGAGAAAUUAUGGACCAAAUGGAAAAGGAAAUACCAACCUAACUGAAAAAUAUUUAUGCAAUGACUUCAAUGAGAUUUAUAAUCGCCAUUCAUGUAAUUUCUGUUUCUGGGCCCAGCAGGCUUUCUGGAUAAUUUGAACUUCUCAUUGCCGAAUUUUAAUUGUAACAAACCUGUAAGUCAUAUAAGAAAUUUAAAAACAUUUGGGUGGUUUUCAUCUUGAAAGCUAGAGCCCAUGAAUAAAUAGUCAGUUAGAACAUAGGGGUUUGGUUUUACAUGCAGAAAAACAAAAAGCAAAUAUUUGAAGAAAAAGUGCCGUAAAUUGGACUUCACAUUGUAAUAUAGUGUAUGUAGUUGAAGUUAAUAGGCAGUUAUUCACAUUACAAAUACUUGAAAUCAACUUGAUUUUCUGAAGGUUCAGAAUUAAAGCUCUUGAAACAAAAAAAACACACUAUAAACGUAUUAGUAUAACAAAACCAGGACCAGAUUACCUCAAGAGGAAAUCAAAAACAUACAGUAAUUGAUUUAACUACUCUCUAGAUUAUCAAUCAUUAUAUUUGUACAUUGUUGAGGUCUAAAUAGAGUUGUUUAAUCUAAACUUGCAUUUACAGUAAUUAUGAUUCUUAUACAGUCAAAAUAUAAAAAAUAUAUAGCCAAGAUUAUCUGAAAGUGUUUAUAUUCUCCAAAAAAUCAAUUCAGUUUAAAAGGUACAUCAAAAAGUUUACAAAUGAGAAGAACUUUGUUGCCAUUGGCAACAAAUGUAUUUUUUUCCUAGUUUUGCUAAUUAAUAAUUUUAGUUAAUAGUUCCCAAAGGCUGAGUGCUGGUCAUUUUGGAGGAGACCAACUUCAUCUGCUUUAGAAGGGAUGAAAACUUUCGCCAAACUUUUGGAGGGCCAGACUGUAUAGGCCCAGACUCAUCAAAAAGUGUUCACUUCAGCCUAACAUCUUAUCCAAAGGAUGUCACCUCCAACAACACAGUGUAAAUUUAGUUUCUUCAAGGCAAGGGUGGAAGGACAGAACAAUGGUAUCUUUAAAAACCAUGUCGUCAGGACCUUGGUUUAACAUCUCAUUCAAGGGAUAGCAGCUCCUACAGCACAGUGUCCCUGGUCACCUUACUGGGAUAACAGUUUUCAAAUUUCUGGUCUAAUGGGAAGACUUCCAUCCACUACUGCACCAACACCACUUAUUGCACCUUUUCCUCAGAGGUCUCUCCUCUUGGUACUGACCAUGGCCAUGCUUAGCAUCUGAGAACUGAUGAGGUCAGGCUACAAGGGGAUACUUUUUAAAUUUAAAAAUAAAUCAAGUGCUGGACGCCUUGUCUUUCUGAAAAGAGAUUUCACCAAUCAAAUUCAUCAUUCCAGCAUCGUUCAUUUCUGCAUGUAUUUCACUUCUUUUUGUGCUCAUCAUGUUUUUUCUUUUGCCAAUUUAAGAGAUGUUUCUGUGUACAAAGCCUAAUAGCCGAAGACAGUAGGCCUGGUUUUCCAUUUGGGCAAAUUGCCCAUCAGUGUCAUUAAUUAUAGACUGGGCAGUAUGCCCAUAAUUUAUCCAUAGGGAAAUUAAGGACCAGUGACUUUUCUUUCCUGAAUAUUUUCAAUAAAGUCUUUCAUUGUUUUA